AUGGCAUCCAGACGACUCAGCUCGGACGCAGGUAGCGAGGCUGGCUCGUCCACUACUGCCGCCUCGCCCCAGGCCAAAUCUGCGGUGACUCGCCUGUUACCCUAUGCGUUCUUGUGCACGAUAGGACCGAGCGUUACGGCCGCUACGUCUCUCUAUGUCGUCCGCUACUUGAUGUGUAUCUACGAUACCUCCCGGCAUGCGGAACACCAGCCUUCGCCUGGCGAUGGACGGUGCGACAGUCAUAAUGUCGGCGCGUUGACUGCUUCGGUCAUGGCUGGACUGGCCACUCUGGAUGGGGUAUUCUCCUUCUUGACCACCUCCUACGUCCAGCGAUGGGCGGACAGCUCAGGCAGACGACCACUCAUGAUCAUUCUUCCUCUACUCGCCAUGGUCGCUUCAGGCUCUAUGGUCAUCGCCUAUAUGAUCCGUAACCCCACGCUCUCCUGGUUCCUCCUCGCCCUGAACGGGAUCUUCGUCUCGGCGUCCACAAAAUCCGUCUUUGUCCCUUCCCUCUCCAUCGCCGACGUCUCGUCCGAAAGCGGCAUGACAAAAGCCUACUCCCUUCUCGAGGCCGUGACCCUCCUCGGUCCCGGAUCCGCCUACAUCCUCUCGGCCCUUUCAUCGCGAUACAUCCCCAUCAUCCUUUUCCCAUACUACAUUGCCCUCGGCUCUCAGUUCCUCGCUACCCUCUACGCCCUGAUCGCCGUGCCCGAGACGCUACCCGCGGAUACACGGGCCGAGGUGGACAGUAUCCACUCGCAAGAGGGAAUCAUCGAGGCGAUCGUCUUGCCUGUCAUCAAACCCAUCAAGCCCCUACGGCUGCUAUUGCCACGCAAAGAGGCGGACGGGUGGCAUUGGCGCUUAUCGAUCCUCACGGUCUCGCUACUCUUUACAACGUCGGGAACGGUCUUUAUCGUCACUGCGAGCCUGCUGUUCCUUUCGGAUAAGUUCGCUUUCAACCCGGAAUCGAAUGCGUGGGUGCUGGCGUACCUGGCAUUCGCGAAGGGAGGGUACCUCACGCUCGUCUUUCCCUCUAUUCAGAGAUGGGGGAGGCGGGUGUUCCACAAGUACGGGCAGGGCAAGGGGAAGGUCUCAGGGGGAGAGGGGGAGAGGCAGCCGUUAUUGGAAAACAAUGGCGGGGAGAGCAAAGAGGCCAAGCAGGAAGAAGCCAACCAAUUCGACGUCAUCCUCCUCUUCCUCUCGGUGUGUAUCGACGCGGUAUCGCUCGUCGGUGUUUCUCUCGCGCAAGACUACAAGCACGCCUUGGUCGCGUUUGGGAUCUUUGCGCUAGGGGCGGGGGAUAAUCCGACGUACAAGUCGGUGUUCGUCGCGUCGGUGCCAGAGGAGCAUGCUAGCCAAUCCCUCGCGGCGCUGGAUAUGGUCUUCAAUGCGGCGAGACUCCUAUCGCCCAUCCUGCUGGGAAGUGUGUAUGCGGUAUUUGCAGAGAUGGGCAGGCCGGAGAUGCUUUUCCUGGUUGCAGGCGGCCUGUGUGCGGUCGGAGCAACGCUGUUGACGCCUCUUAUCUUCACUAGAAUAGGGAACAAGUAG